CCUUAUGACGUUUGUUUCCGACCUUCAACCUCCUUCAACUUGUUCUCGCUCAAUCUACCUAGAUCAAUUCGCGAUCUGAAGGCCCGUACAGGAGUCACGAGAGUCGGAAAUUGUCAGUAGUUCCAGCGACGUAGGUCCAGCUAGCCUCGUCUUCGAAGUUCGGGGUCAUUUGGGCAAAGGCUUCUAUGGAGGAACCAAUAGUCUGGCUUCGGGGCGAUAGCGACAAGUUCACUCGAAAAGAGACGGAAGCUUCGGAGGCAAUUCAAUGGGCCGCUUGAUGCAUAAACUAAGAAAUACGAAGGUAUAUAACAGUCAUGGCUGCAGUUCUGCCCUACAAAGAACUCUUGACUUUGACCACCUUUAUCAUCAUCAUCGUACACUGCCAAUGCCCCCUACCAAAGCUGCCGACAAACCUCCAACCCGCAAUGGAUUCAUCAAGAAGUAUUGGGGCAAUCGCCUCAAAUUUCAGGAUUCUUACGGGUUGGGGAGGUCUUUUGAGGAUUUUGAAGAAGGAAAUAUGAUACUUGAUGAACUCUUGAAACUAGAGCGUGAAAGGUGGGAGGAGGAAACGCAAAGUGACGCAGGUCGUCGUUGAAUGCCGCCAAAGUUGAGAAAACGCGAAACUAUUUACAGAAACCGACUGAAAUUAAAUGUGGAAGUGCUGGACACGUAAAUUAUGGAGGAGCGUGCAUGAGCUUGGAACUGCGGUUUAGCGGAGGCUGGGACUUCGUUUGACUGUCUUGAAUACAAUUACUUUUUACGGUUUGAUACCGAUAACACUAUAUAUCAAGUGUGAAAG